CUCCCCUGCUCGGCUCUUCCUGGAUCUGACGGCCCUAUCCGAGUAGCAACUUACGCCUUCCAGGCUUUUUUCACCGUCGAAUCGUAAAAUAAAGUCAUCUUUGGUGCUCGUCGGUCAGCUCAGCGGAGGAGUUCAACAAAAAGUGGUUCUGAAGAUGAGUUACCCAGGAUACCCACCUCAAUCCGGCGGAUACCCGCCACAGGCAGGGGGUUACCCACCACAGGCAGGGGGCUACCCACCACAGCCAGGAGCAUAUCCACCUCAGUCAGGCGGCUACCCUCCAGCAGGUGGUUACCCCCCACAGGGUGGUGGUUACCCUCCUCAGGCAGGUGGUUACCCUCCUCAGGCAGGUGGUUACCCUCCUCAGGCAGGCGGUUACCCCCCUGCAGCAGGCGGUUACCCCCCAGCAGCAGGGGGCUUCCAACCUCAACCAGGUGGCUACCCUGCCCCACCUGGAGGCUUCCCUCAGGCUGGUGGAUUUCCUGCACAACCUGGACAAGCAGGUUAUCCCUCCAUGCCUCCAGCAGGUGGAGGCUGGGGUGCAGCACCAGGUGGCUACGGCAUGCCAGGAGCUCAGCAGGGAUACCCAGGGGGCCCCGCCCCAGGCCAACCCAUGCCAAAUUACCCUGGAGCCCCUGCCUCUGGCCCCUCAAUGCCUGGCUAUGGAGGAGGAGUUCCAUCCAACCCUCAGGCACCACCUGUUAAUAAAGGAUUCAGGGGUACCAUAAAAGAUUUUCCUGGGGCCGAUCCACUGAAGGAUGUAGAAGUUCUUAGAAAAGCAAUGAAGGGUUUUGGCACUGAUGAAAAUGCUAUCAUUGAACUUCUGGGAAAUCGCUCCAACAAGCAGAGGGUUCCAUUGAUCGCGGCCUACAAAACCACAUAUGGGAAGGAUUUAGUCCGUGAUCUGAAGUCUGAGCUCAAUGGGGACUUUGAAGACCUGGCCCUGGCCAUGCUGAAGACCCCUGCACAGUUUGAUGCAUCGGAGCUCAGAGAGGCUAUAAAGGGUGCAGGAACCGACGAGGCUUGUCUGAUUGAGAUUCUGUCGUCGCGUUCCAACGCAGAGAUUCAAGAGAUCAACAGGAUCUACAAAGCUGAGUACGGGAAGAAGCUGGAGGACGCCAUCAUCAGCGACACGUCGGGUCACUUCCGCAGACUCCUGGUCUCCCUCUGUCAGGGAAAUCGUGAUGAAAGACCGACGGUUGAUAUCUCUCUGGCCAAGCAGGAUGCUCAGAAACUUUAUGCUGCAGGUGAAAAUAAAGUGGGAACUGAUGAGUCUCAGUUCAAUGCCAUCCUGUGCGCUCGCAGUAGACCACACCUUCAGGCAGUCUUCCGGGAGUACCAGCAGAUGUCUGGGAGGGAAAUUGAGAAGAGUAUCUGCAGGGAAAUGUCUGGAAAUCUGGAGUCUGGCAUGGUGGCAGUGGUGAAAUGCAUGAAGAACACCUCGGCCUACUUUGCAGAAAGGCUUUUCAAGUCCAUGAAAGGAGCUGGCACCAAGGACAGAACCCUCAUCCGUGUCAUGGUGUCCCGCUCUGAGGUGGACUUGCUGGACAUCAGACAGGAGUACCUGAAGACUUAUGGAAAGUCUCUGUACACUCACAUCUCUGCUGAUACUUCUGGGGAUUACAAGAAGCUGCUGCUGAAGCUGUGUGGUGGAAAUGACUAGACCGAUUAACAAGUUGCAUCUCGUAAGGACACUAUAUGUCCACACUGAAACGAUGGUAUAGGCCUUAUAUCUCUUGAUGCAUGCUGCAAAGCUUAUAGCCAAUCAGUAAUAUAUAUCAUGUUUGCUGAGGUGAUUUUUGCUGAACUCAAUAGAAUAAAGACAAAUCAUACUUUAAAGACACUUAGACACAAAGAAAACAGUUGAAGUGCCAGAUUACCUUUAUAAGCUUUUCCCAGAAAAUAUUUAGAAUCCACUACAAACUCCUAAACAUGUCUUCUUUUAUAUUAAACAUAUAAAAUAUUAUAUAAAUACAGUAAACUAUUUAGAGCACGGCUUAAUUUCAUUGCUAAAUUGUGUUGGUACAGGUUCCUGUCAUAAAAUUAGAAUAUCAUGGAAAACGUUGAUUUAUUUCAGUAAUUCCAUUUAAAAAGUGAA